AAGAGCAGGAGAGACAUCCGGAGGUCCACCAAGAGGACAUGGGCUCCCCUGGAUGAGCAGCUGCCCCCUGGCUCUGAGGAGAAGAGCCACAGUCUCACCGCCCCCAUGCUGGAAGAUUCCAAGCAAGAAAGUAUUCAGCACUGGCUGGACUCUGGAUUCUUUGUCUCUGUAAAUGAAAACCUUCAGCCAGCCAUCAACCCCAUUGUUCCUUUUCAUGAACAAGGAAUGGUUCAAAUGACUGUGAAAGACUACACGAGAUCUCUGCAUCAGUUUUUAGAAACUCCCACUCUCUCCAGAGGGACCAGUUUCAACUCUUGCCAUUCUGCUGCAAGUAUACCACAAAGCAUUCCUGAAUGGCUGGAAUUUUGGGAAAAAGAUCCAGUGGAGAUUCUCUUGGAUCUGGGGUUUGGUGCUGACGAGCCAGACAUCUACACACGAAUCCCAGCCAGAUUCCUGGGUUGUGGCUCAGCAGCUAGAGGAAUCAACAUCCGUGUUUUCCUCGAAGCUCAAAAGCAGCGAAUGGACAUUGAGAACCCUAACUCGUACAGCUGUUUCUAACAGCUGGAAAUAUGGGAUCAUGUGGCCAGUGCUUUCUCAUCUUUGCUGAAUGAUGUCAGCGUCCUGCAGAACAAAGCUAAAGAGGAAGAUGAAGGGAAAAGUGUGCAAAGAACCUCAGUGAGUGAAACCAAGGCGCAUGGAAGAAGAAUGGGUGAACUUUUUAGGAUAGGUUCAAAGCAGAACGCUAGAAGGGAUUAUAGCCUGGGAGCAUCCCAGUCACUGAAGAUGAGAAACAAAUUUUCCAUCGCCUCUGCAGAAGCAGGGUGUGGAGCAGUUGCCAUGACAAACAAACACGACCAAAGUCAUUUGUCUCUUUCAGCAGAGCACUGGUCUCUUCAAGCCUGUGAUGACUUGACACCUUGUGAUCCUCCCCAAGCUCUUCUGAGCAAGCAGCGUCCUCACUCAUCCAUGCUGGCCAAGCAGGCUCCUCCUUCCUGUGUGUCUGAGGGGUUAGUCAAGGACAGAACUCAAAAGGAGAACUCACUUCAGACUAACAAACUCAAGAGCUUGUCUUGUCUUGCAGGCAAAGCACCAGCCUCCUUCGAAAUGGAAGAGGUCCAGAGCUUUGAAGAAGAGGCUGGUAAUCCUCUUGACAUGACCUCAGGAACUGUAGGUAAGAAUUCAUCAAGAGCAAACAGCUGCCAGGCUGACAGCAGCGGGUUCCUGGAGGAACCACCACCCCUGCAGAUACCCUGCUUGUCAAGCUACCAGAGUCCUGCUGAGAAUGGAUAUAGAAAGCCAAGGAAUCAGAGCCACAGCUUAGAGUCAUCCCAGGACUGCCAGCAAGAGUCAUGCCAGCAGGAGUCUGAUUCCAAGAGCAUAGUGAGGACAUCUUUUUCAAGUCAAGACAGGAGUGUCUUGGAAGAAAAAGCCUCAACCUCUGUGGUAGAGAAAGAGUCUCAGUUUGAGGCCAUGGACAGGCCCUCAGAGCUGUUGACCCAAGAUCUGGCCCUUGAUAAGAUCACCCCUGGGGGAGAACCCCCAAGGAAAAACAGCCAUCUGUGGCAGCACCUGCCUGCGCCCCAGACUGAAUAUGAGGCCACUGUAGGCACGGUUACCUCCAAAUCUGAUUGCCCUCUGGGUCUUAUGGUGAUGCAUAUCACAGAAGGGAAGGAUAGGUUCCUAAGGCCUGAGCGAGCUGGGGCAGUAUAUGUACAAAGCCACCACUGUGAGUCUCAGAGAUCACCUGGAAUUGACUGUGCUCAAGACAAGUCCUUUCAUGUUGACUCGGAGGCCCCAAGAGGAACAGAAGGCGGUAAACUCUGUCCUGAUAUUAACAACGCCUUACUGAUGAAAAAGAGUGUCCCACAGCACAUCCCCAAGCCCAGUGAAGCCAUGCCCUAUACAGGAGACCUUGUCCAAACAUCUGGAAGGUCCAUUCCCCAUCUAGAUUAAGUGGCUGGUGAUACUCCCCAAGUGAGGCCAAGGUGUAGUGCUUUGGGUCAAAUACCACCUAGGGCAGAAUCUGAGAUGGGAAACCUUCCUCCAGAUGCUAACAAAUGCUCCAAGUCUGUGACAAUCCAGAUGUUCUGCAAACUGGCAUCAGCUGCUCAGAGUGCUGUGGUCUUGGGAAUGGAUUCUAGAGAAGCAACUUUAGAAUGCACUAAGUGUGACCCUGUUAUCACAGCAGAACCAGGACUGGGAACAGAAGCAAGACAGUUCAAUGAUGUUUCUCCCCUCACCAAAUCUGUCUCUGCAGACACAUGUUUCCCUGGUAUCUACCCAGGGGGCACCUGCCAAGCUGUGCCUGCCCACUGUGGUGGCUGCUGUCACCACCAUCUCCCCUGCCACGUGGCGAGGCAAAGCCCCAGCUUUGUGUCUUCAGCCUGUAGGUCCUGUUCAUGCUCACAUAACCAUCUGGAAGCCCAGUUUAUGAAGACUUUGAAAGUCCUUCAGGACACCACAGUGAGAGAGCUGUAUUCUUGCACAGUCCCUGAGAUGGAAACAAUGAGGACGGUAUGCCAGAGUUUCCGGAAGCAUUUAGAAGAAAUUGAGCAGCACCUUAGAGAACAACAGGCACUCUUUUCCAGGGGCAUGUCAGAGGAGAAAAGAUAAUUAUCUAAGGGAGCCAUAAAAGUAAGAGACUGAACAACUGCAACUUUACUGGAAGCCCUGCAGCAGUAGUUGGAGGAGCUAGAAUUUCACCUGGGAUACCAGGCUCAGCAAAUUCAAGAAGGGAUGCUAUUGCCGCUUGAGCUUCUCACAGGGGAACCACCUGAACACUACACAAAUCUGCAUCAGUAUAACUGGACCGAAGAAAAGAAUGGCCAGACUUCAUGUGCUAAGAUCCACCCUUCCAUGGCCCCUGGGGCUGCCUUUCCUCCCAGUGAUGGCCAGCAGGCUCCAUGCUGCAGUGUGACCCAUUUAGCUGCCUUUCCUCCAUCCGCCUUGGGGAGAAGCACCAGGAUGUCUCCUCCAGCUUGGGCAGAAUCAGAUCCAGCCUCUCUGUCAUAUUGUCCUGUUGGAGAAAAGGAUACGGAUGUCUUCCUCUAG